CAGACAAAAUAAAAUCUCUGCAGCGAUUAAUAAAUUAAACAAUCAACCUGCUGGUCAUAAACACCCAAGUGUAAAUAGUGUGAUGAAGAAUUUUAGGAUUCCUGAAACUACCCUUCGACGUGCGGCCAAGAAUGGUAUUCCUCCUAAACGCUAG